AUGUUUGUUUUCUUACAGCAUGAACGUGAAAGCUCACACAACAAAGAUAAACAACAACAACAUAAAAAGCAACGACAUGAAAAGAAGAAAAACACCAACAGUAAUGUAUCAGCAACGUCUACGAACAGCAGCAGCAGCAGUACAACAGCGACGACAACGAAUAGCAGCAGCAACAGCAGCAGUAACCACAGCAUCAGUAACAGUAGCUCCAGCAGCAGCAGUCAUACCACCAGCAGUAACAGCAGCAAUAGUAGUAACAAUAGUACCAACAACAACACCCACAAUAUUUCCAAUAUUGCAUUAGCCACACAAUUUAGUAUACAACGUACCGAUUCGGAUGGUUGUUUGCGUAUGAAAAUAUCCGCAAUACGACCAACUUCAUCAGGAUCAGGAGCAGCCGGAGUAGUAGCAAAUAAUAAAAAAUCACCAUCGGCAGCGGAAAAAUCCGCCACAAAAAAAUUAGUAAAUAUCAGCAAUAGAAAUAAACAAAAUACAGCUGCAGCAGCAUCCUCAUCUUCACUUGUUGUGGACUCGAAACGUAAAAAGGCUGAGGAACAAAAAAUGAAAAGCUUGUCAACAACCACGACAGCAACAGGAGCAGCAGGAUCAGCUGCAGCUGCUACCCAAAUGUCUGUCAUUGUAAGUCCAUGUUCUGGUGGCGGCGGCGGUGUUAAGGAAACAUCUAUAAGUGUUGGCGGCGGUGCAGAAAGUGAUAUUACCGAUUCUGGUUGUUCAGAGGCUACAAAUACAACAAUUGCAACCAUUACGGGCCAUGAAAAAUCCUCAAAACGUAAAGUGAAACGUAAAAAGGCCCUGCUAAAGGGUGCACUGGAGGCCAAGCGUACCUUGAAAACCCUCAAAACGCUAAUUAAUUCCAAGCAGAAUAAUGCAUUUUCCACGGAUUCCGAAGAUGAUGAGCCUUUGGCAAAUAAAAUAAACUCAAAGGGGGUGGUGGUGGCGACGGCACCGGCUCAGAGGGCCCCACGUCUACUGCUCACAGCGGUGGGUGUCAAACAUAAUUCAAACAACAACACGAGCAGCCUUAGUGUCCAAAUGAUGGGUGGCUUAAAUUUAAAUUCCGUCACGGCUACAGGUGCUGGUGGCGGUAGUGAUCACAUUGGCCUCUCCAGCAGUGAUAAUGAUUUACCCAAUAUAAGGGCAGCUGUUGAACGGGCGGUGGGUGAUUCUGAUGAUGAUGACGACGACGAUGAUGAUGAUUUAAUGUUGGCCCAUUAUCCCAAAACUAAAACGAAACAUUUACCCCAGUAUCAGUCCACGUUGUUGCAAGAUUUCAUGGAGAAAACCCAAAUGUUGGGACAAAAUUCCAAAUCAUCGGAAUCUGUUGAGCCGCCCCUCAAAUUAACCACCACCACCCAUCAUCCCCCAGCCAUUGAAAUUGUGACACAAUUUCAAAACAACUCUCCAGCAGAUAGUGUGGCCUCGCCAGCCUCAUCCGCGUGUGUUGUGGUAAAUAAAAAACGUCGUGGUAGACCCAAGAAACCGGAUAAACCACCACCCUUACGAGAUUUGACCACACAUUCAAUGUCAUCAUCACCUCCCUUACACCAUCAUCACGGGGCCAAUAGGAUAACAACAAUGACAUCGAACAUUAAUGAGUCAGCCGAUUCGGGCGUUAUAUCCACCACAAGUAUAUCCACACAAAGUACAUCACCACAUCCCUGUACCACAGUGGCAUCUUCAGCUUCCCCGCAUUCCCCGCCCAAUAAAACUGCAAAUAAUACCCCCGAAAAGGCACAUCAGCCGUUGAUGAAUGAUAAUGCCGGCACUUCCACCUCCACGACAUCGUCAGGGGGAAAACCCAAAAUUGAUAUUGCCCUUUUGGAUAAGCGUAUGUAUGCCACGGAAAGGGUACUCUAUCCACCGCCCAGAAACAAACGUAGACAAUCAAUGAGUGCGGCCUUGGGGGCAGGAGGAGGAGGUGCAACCACGGCAGACAAAAAUAAUCGUAGUAAUACCCAACAAAUUGCCAGCACAAAAGAAGAUCUACAACUUGAUCCGGUGUGGCGUAAAAUCGAUGUUAAUCGUAAAUUUCGUCGGCCCAGUGUGUGCAGUACAACAGGUGGUGGUGGUGUGGCAGGAGGAGGAGGAAGUUCCACAAUUUGUAGUAAAAUCCUGGCGGCCAAAAGUGGCUAUGUCUCCGAUUAUGGUUCAUCAUCGUUUCGUGUCUCAACGAAACAGCAUUCCAAACACUCCCACAACUCGGGCUAUAAAAGUGAUGCCAGCUGUAAGAGUCGUUAUAGCACUAAAAGUUGUGCCUCCCGCAAGUCCAGAGCCAAAUCCUGUGGCUAUCGCAGCGAUUGUAAGGAAAGUGUUUUGGGCGGUACCACCUCCUCAGCCUGCAAGUCGUCGAAAUUUCGUCGAAAACGACGAGCAUCCAUUAUGCCCAAGACGGCAACAACCACCCUGGGUUCUCUCAAAGAUGAACAGGAUAUUUUACAACUGGCUGGCCUUUCGCUCGGCCAAAGCAGUGAAGAAUCCAAUGAAUAUGUCUGCAAGCCCUCUCUGGAAAAGCUGCCCACAACAAGUGCCAGUAAAAAAUAUGGUGAAAUUAAUCGCUACAUUGCAACAGGGGAAUAUUUUGGUCGGGGGUCUUCGGCCAAAUCAUCCUCGUUUGCCAGUUUGAGUAGUAGCAAUCAGGCGAGAAUUUUUGAUCUAUCAUUGGAUUUGCCCAGUACCCCGACACCGGCCAAAAUGAAUUUACAUCAGCGGAAAAAUUCAAUAACCUCGGAAUUUGCCCAUGAUCUGCUAAUGCAGUUGCCGGGAGCCCAGCAGACAGCAAGGAAAAUUAAAUCACGGCGUUCCUCCGUGGCCAGUUACUGCAGCUCAUUUUAUUCCGGCACAACGAAAAUACGGAAACGGCGACGUAGGAAACCCUUUCGUUUUCACAACUCUUCGUCGGGGAAAAAUUGCGUAAUUGAUUCGAAGCUAUUGACUGAAAUUGAAAUACUCACCAAUACAUUUGCAGCAAGGUGUCGUAUACAAACGUCUGCGACGACGGCUGCGGCGGCUACCACAACUACGGGAAUUAGUGAUAAGGUGGCCACAAGUGCGAGUGGUGGUGGUGGCAAUCUGUCGCUCAAAGAAAAACUAAUGGCAGAGGCAAAUAAAUUAAAGCAAAGUUUUGCGGCGGCCGCCGCUGCUGCCCAGGCAGCUUCAACAUCUAAUAACACUGUAACAGCAGGAGGAGGGGGGUCCACCAGCAGCAGCGGCAAACGUGGAGAUGCCCGCGAUAAAAAAUCCCUCAAGAAACGGAAAAUGUCCGAAAAUCUUGAUUUUGCAAUGCUUUCGGCAAGGGCGGAAGUUGGUGCGGCCAGCUCAACGGGUACACCACAAGGUGGUGCAUCUUCCUCCUCAUCGAAAAGGCGACACAAAAAGGCCAGCAGUUCUAGUCCGGAUGACCAUAAAUUGCCAUUGAAAAAACGCCAUUAUUUGCUGACACCAGGCGAGAAGUCGAGUGAGGUUGCUGUGGCGGUGGCGGCUAAGCUGUUUGCCAACAACUCUGAGGCCUGGGCAGCUGCUGCUGCGGCCGCCAAGAGUACAGCAAAUACCAAGUCGCAGCAGCAGUUCAAUGCCCGCACAGCCAAGGCAAAUUUGACACCAAAGAAACGGCAUCUACUGCAGCAGGGGGGAGCUCAUCAUCAUCCGCACCAGCAUCACCACCAUCUGCAGCAUCUUCCCCAUCCGCCCCUUGCAAUCAGUGAAGACUCGAAUAGCAAUAAAACCAGCGCCAGUACCCUAUCACCACUUCGUGUGGCCGUUGGCGAUUCCAUUAGUGGUGGCAAACUAUUGGAUAUCAGCCCCCAGUCCUUAAAUAGUCUAAAACAAGUCACCGAGGCGGUAAACAAAAAACGAUCACGCCUCGAGGGUUUGGUAUCUCGUAUAGCCACCACAAAUCAUCCAGGUGAUGAGCCGCAGCAGCUACCCAUCCCGGUGGGGAAAAAUAAACAUCAUCUAUCAUCGUCAGCAUUACAAAUUGAAUCGGAAUCAUCGUCAUGUCCACCGCCUGGUGUGUUUGAACCCUCCGUUGAAUUGGAAAUACAAAUACCGCCCAUGGCCAAGUUAACGGAUAGCUCAACGGCGGGUAUUAUUACCAAAUCGGAAAUUGAAUCCCCGCUACUAAUGGACCUGAAUAAACCGUUUGGCGGAUCCGCGGACAUGGUUACAAUGCCACCCAGCAAACCUAAUGGCCAAAGAGGUGUUGUCGAAUCGCUGCUAAAUAAAACCGGAGGCAAUUUGAUAUUGAAACGGAAACGUAAGAAAAUCAAUCGCACCGGAUUUCCCACGGUGAGGCGUAAAAAAAGGAAGGUCCAGGAAAAUCUUAUAUUAGAUGUGAUACCAACGGCCGGCGAAGAUUCUAGCCAAUUGCCUAGUGCAGGAGGAGUGAUAAAUAAUCAACCCACAAAAUGUGAUCGUGUACCGCAAGAGGGUGAGACUUCACAAACAUUUAUGGAACGUAAUAAUCGUACGCCACGUCUGUCGGUGGUGGCCCUCGAAAGACUGCAAGAGUCGCCACAAAGCCAAAAAGAAAAAUUAGAAAAAGAUAAUGGAGCCAAGGAGAAGGCAAUAUCUGCGGCGGAUCCCGCAACACCCAAAUCAAGGCAUGCAAGGCGGGAGGUAAAACGAAAGGACUCGGUCGCCCAAAAAUUGCUCUCCAAAUCUAUGCCAGCUAAAUUGUUGCUACACGAGGAGGAGGAGGAGGAGGAUGAUGAUAACAAGCCAUUGGCCUCAAGGGCCAAAAGGCGUUCAAAACCCCCACCGCCACCACCACCAUCACGCCCCUCAAAGGGAGAGUCCAAAGAGAUUACCAACAAAUCUGCAACGCUCAAUCAACGUAAAACCCCCGCCGCCAUCUCGAAGACCGUUAAAUCUCUAUUGGAUGCCAAUAUAAAACUGCCCGCGGGCAUUGAUCCCAGCUCAUUGAUGAGUUGUAAAAUAAAACUAAAACGGCGCAAUUCCAUACACCCCCUGGCCAUGACAAACAAGUGUCCAACAACAGUUGUCACCACACCGUCAACACCAAAGCGGCAGCCUUCCUUGCCCCUGGAAAUUGAACCCUCCGCGGAGGAAAUAGAAAUCAAUGCGGCAUCCAAGGAUUGCAAUGAGAACUAUGAGGAACACGAUAUUUUACCGCUAAAUGAAAAUAUCUAUCACAUAGCCAAUGCGGCGGAGGGUGCCGAACAAAGUGAUGCCAGCGAAGAGAAAUCAACACACUCCUCCUCCACAACAACAUCGUCGUCGUCUUCCAAGAAAACGAAAUUGGGUAAAAAAUCCUAUUUGGUGGCGGGGCUCUUUUCCGAUUAUUACAAAGUCACUCAGCAGCCAUCAACGAAUGGUGGUAAAAAGGAAAAGGCAAACACUAAAAAGGAGGCUGCAGGAGGAGGUGACAAUAAAAAACCCGAGGCCAAUGGCGGUGAUAAGGUUGCAGAUCAACCUCCUGCAAAAGAUAUUAAAGAAUCGAAUGAAACGGCAGUGACACCCACCCUUCCACCGCCUCCCUACUGUGAGAAAUAUUUUCGUCGCAGCCAAUAUGAUUUCGAAUUACCCUAUGAUAUCUGGUGGGCCUACACCAAUUCCAAGUUACCCUCUCGCAACACUGUGGCCUCAUGGAAUUUCCGUAAAAUUCGCACCAAUAUUUAUGCGGAAAAUGUUAAACCACCACCCAUUGCUGCCUAUGAUCAUCCGAUGUGUAAUUGUAAACCCGACAUGGGUUGUGGUGACAAUUGCCUCAAUCGUAUGGUUUACACAGAAUGUUCCCCCUCCAAUUGUCCGACCCGAGAAAAAUGUCGCAACCAGAAAAUUCAAAAACAUGAAAUUGCACCGGGUGUUGAACGCUUCAUGACCGAAAACAAAGGAUGGGGUGUUCGCACGAAGCUGCCCAUACCCAAGGGUACAUAUAUACUCGAAUAUGUUGGUGAAGUUGUUACCGAACGGGAAUUUAAAGAUCGCAUGGCUAGCAUUUAUCUCAAUGAUACACAUCAUUAUUGUCUGCAUCUGGAUGGGGGGUUGGUCAUUGACGGCCAUCGUAUGGGUAGUGAUUGCCGUUUCGUGAAUCAUUCGUGUGAACCGAAUUGUGAAAUACAAAAAUGGUCGGUAAAUGGUCUGUCGCGUAUGGCCCUAUUCGCCAAACGUCCCAUACAGGAGGGUGAAGAACUGACAUAUGAUUAUAACUUUUCGCUGUUUAAUCCAUCCGAAGGGCAACCCUGUCGCUGUAAUACGCCCAAUUGUAGGGGUGUCAUUGGUGGCAAAUCGCAGCGUAUUAAACCGUUACCCAUUGAGGCGAAGACACCCAAUGAAACACCCUCUAAAGGCGAUGCCAAGGGACGUCAGCGUAAACGUAAAGCCAAAAAGAAUACUCAACGACAAACGACGAAAGAUGCACCGACACCAACCCGCAUGCAUCCACUCUCGGAGAGAGAACGAAAAUUUGUGAAACAAUAUUCGAUAUUUUUGGUUAGAAAUUUCGAAAAGAUUCGAGCAAUGCUACGUCGUGGCGGAGAUAAAUCGGGUGAUUCGAAAACACAAACCCCACAAACAACACCGGCAACCAGUCCCAGCCCCCUAAUGCCGGGGGCAAUAUCACAACGGCGGCCCUCAACCCCUGCAUCAUUGGCAGCACAAAUUACCGCCUUAUGCACGGCCAGAAAUAUUAAAACCCGUGGCCUGACAUUGGCCGUACAAGAUCCCGAAUUGGAAAAGAUGGCAAAAAUGGCCAAGAUUCUAAGAGAUAUUUGUACAAAUCUAGAGGCCAUUCGGAGUCCGGACAAUAAUGAACAACCGACGCAAACGCAAUCUAGUUCUUCUGCUGCCGCUUCUCCUUCUUUGGUAUCACUGACCAUAUCAAAUUCCUCCUUGGCCGGUGCCAAUAAAAAGAAAAAAGCCUCACUGAAAAGUCAGCAAAAAUCGGCGGAUCACUGCGAUUUCAAAUCAAUACAAAGUAAUGUGGAGCAGGGUUUCUAUAAGCAACCCAGUGAAUUUAAUAUGGAUAUGGAAAAGCUGUUCAAAGAAACCCGAGUUUCGCUCGAAAAGAAUGAACCAACAAAAUUGCAGUUCCUGGACUUAUUGGAGAAGUCCUUCAUGGAGGAAAAACAAAAACAAUAUUCCGCAUUACUGGAAAUACUUGGUGAUGAGUCAUUGUUAAAAGAUUUCAAAGAUAAAGCCACGGAAACGGCAGCGGCAACAACACAAAAUACCAACGAAGAAAUUGGAAAUAACACUGAGUUGCCUAGUGUGGUGGAUCACAAUAUGUCUAAUUUGACAUCCUCCUCCGCCGCCACCAGCAAUGAAGAUAUAAUACGCUGUAUUUGUGGCCUCUACAAAGAUGAAGGCCUUAUGAUACAAUGUGCCCGUUGUAUGGUAUGGCAGCAUACCGAAUGCACCAAAGCCGAUGUCAAGGCCGAUAAUUAUCUCUGUGAAAGAUGUGAACCGCGAGAAGUGGAUCGAGAAAUACCCUUAGAUGAUUUCACGGAGGAGGGUCACCGUUACUAUUUAACCCUAAUGCGUGGCAAAGAUUUACAAGUUCGUCAGGGUGAUGCGGUCUAUGUACUGCGUGACAUACCAGUUAAAGAUGACGCGGGCAACGUUGUACCCUCGAAAAAACAUACCUAUGAAACUAUCGGUGAAAUCGAUUACAAUGAAUGUGAUAUUUUUCGUGUGGAACGACUAUGGAAAGAUGAUAAGGGUGAACGAUUCAUUUUUGGUCAUCAUUUUCUACGUCCACAUGAAACAUUUCAUGAACCAUCACGUAAAUUUUAUCCCAAUGAAGUGGUUCGUGUACCAUUGUAUGAAGUUGUCCCAAUCAAUUUGGUUAUUGGUCGCUGUUGGGUACUGGAUCGUACCACAUUUUGUAAAGGCCGCCCGAUUGAAUGUAACGAUGAGACACAUUGUUUCAUAUGUGAGCUGAGGGUAGAUAAAUCUGCGAGAUUCUUUUCCAAGGCGAAAACAAAUCAUCCAACUUGUACAAAAUCAUAUGCAUUCCGUAAAUUCGCUGAGAAGCUGAGAAUAUCGAAAACAUAUGCGCCACAUGAUGUUGAUCCAGCCCUGUUAAAAUCCAAAAAACAAAAGACUGACAGUGGUGAAUGUCCAAGCAUAGCUUCUAAUUCACCAACAACAGCAGCAGCAGCGACUGCGGAAAAUAAUGGCAGUGGCGGUAACACAAAAUCGGAUACAAAUAAGACACUACACAACAGUUCCACCUCGAAAUCCAAACAGCGACAAAAUAGCAAAAGUCCGGCUACAAUUAUGCCAACAACAACACCAGCAGCCGCAAUACCCUCACCAAAAGUGACUCUCAAAGAGAAACGUUUCCGUUUGGAAAAUGUUUUGAAAUCUCUUAAACAGCGACAAAAACUCAUCAACCCGAUGACAAACGCCAAUGAAACACCAUUAGAUUUGUCGUAUUUGUUAUCGGGACGUGGCGCCCGACAACGUAAAACACCACUUGCUAUACGCAAAGAUUUUGUUUAA